AUGAGUCGUAUUUAUGAAGAGAUCACUUCUGAUCAGAAAUUGCUUCAUGCAAUUGACAUGUACUGGGAGUCAAGGAGGCUAUCUGUACAAGUCCGUGUUCUGAGAAAGGAUGAUCUAGAAGUCAUGCACGAUAUUGGACGACUAGAGAGCAUGCCUUGUGUGUUGCAAGGAAGCAUUGAUAGCCCAGCUAACCAAAUUAUUGCACAACCCCCACUUGAAAUAGCCUCAUCCCUUGUAGAGCCUUCUAUCCAAAACAACAAUGAAGUGCCAUGGGUGGAUGAUGAGGUAGAGUAUGUUGGUCUGGAUGAUGAGGACCCAGUUUCUGAUUCAUACGACUCUGAAAUAGAUGAUGAUGUAGAGUAUGUUGGCUUGGUGGAUGAAUUAGUUGUGGAUGAUGCAUGGGGCUGUGAGAAUAUUGUCCAUGCAACUGACUUAGAGAAUCCAAGAAUAGAAGUUGGUAUAACUUUUGGGGAUGGUGAUACUUUUAAGAAUGCUAUAAGACAAUAUGCAAUAAAAGGUGAAUAUGAAAUUGCAGCUCCCUACUCUGAGACAAUACGGUAUAGAGCAUAUUGCAAGGCUAAAGGGUGCAAGUGGCGGAUACACGCGUCACGAUUGCAGGACGAGAGGACUUGGAAGAUAAAGAAGAUGCCUCAUGCUCACACUUGUCAAAGCAUAGGAAAAGUUGAGAAGAAUUGCAUGGCAACAAACCAUUGGGUCAAGGAUAGAGUUCUUGAUUGGCUUGCCAAGGAUGCUACAAUUGGGGCAAAAGCAUUGCAGAAAAGGCUAGAAGAGCAGUAUCACCUGCAAUUGUCAUAUUGGGUAGUGUGGGAUGGAAGGAAAAUGGCUUUGGAUCAGCUGAAAGGGAAGUGGGAUGACAGUUUUGAACAUGUUUGGAGUUUCAAGGCUGAGGUGGAGAAGACCAAUCCUGGCAGUUUGGUGGACAUUGAGUAUGAGCAAGUUGGGAAGAAAAUGAGAUUUACUAGAAUGUUUGUUGCAUUGAAAUCUUGUGUUGAUGGAUUUUUGGAUGGUUGCAGACCUUUUCUUGGUGUGGACUCCACCCAUUUGACUGGAAAAUGGAAGGGCCAACUUGCAUCUGCGACUGGUAUUGAUGGAAAUUAUUGGAUGUUCCCUGUGUGUUAUGGUGUGUUUGGGUCAGAGACAACUGAAAAUUGGUCUUGGUUUUUCAGCAGACUUCAUCAAGCAAUUGGGUCACCUCCGGGAUUAGUGAUUUCAACAGAUGCUGGCAAAGGAAUUGAUUCUGCUGUUACUCAAGUGUUCAACAAUGGGGUUGAGCAUAGGGAGUGCAUGAGGCACUUAGUUGCAAACUUUCAGAAAAGAUUUCGAGGUGAGGUAUUUGAGAAGCACUUGUGGCCAGCAUGUAGAUCUUUUGAUGGCGAGUAA